UACUUCGAUCGGGUAGACUCCCAAAACAGAAUCCUGGAAAUGGAUGCUGAAAGUUUAAGAUGCUUGCUGAGCGGUGACUACGGUCUGGUGGAGGAUGCACUAAACAAAUUCAACAAACAGAAUUCCCAGGUGUUCAACUUCACGCACUUCACCAGCACCGGCCAGUGGAUGCUGAUCUGGAAUAAGUUGUUCGCGUACCUGGCUGACCCGAGCAUGCCGCAUCGGGUCGGGUGUCUGAUGGCCAUCAAAGUGCUGAGCCGAGACAAAACGUACCUAAACGAGUCGGUCACGGCCGAGCAGUUGGAUGCGUUGCUACGGUUGGCCGGCAUUGGACCGGUUGGCGAGCGGUGUGACGCCACGGAGGAAGUACAGGUGGAGGCCCUAAAGUGUCUGAGCAAUAUGAUAUUCCAGAGCAUCAAAUGCCAAGAGAUGUGUCUCGAGAACGCCUCAACCGAGGGCAUCAUUCGGCGGGUGAAGAUGUACAAGGAGGUCGCAUACGGCUACGACAUCAAAUAUUUCGACAUGAAGCUACUGUUUCUGCUGACCGCGAUCAAUUGUGAUAUUCGGGCCAAAGUGCGCGACCAGCUGCACGGGCUGGUGUACCUCGUCGAAACGCUCGAUCUAUUCAUGGGUCAGGCGGCAACGUUUAAAGAAUUCAGCGACAAAGAUUUAGAUUUGAUCAACGAGGUGCUGAAGGUGCUGUUCAAUCUGACUGUGCGGACGGGCGAUGGGCUGGUGCCGGAAGAGGAGGAAGCGAAUCAGUUUCACCGCUUGGUGACGGUUCUGCACGAUCUGUUCUUCUACCGCACGCUGAACCGCGAUCGCAUUGUGUCCCUGCACUCCAAUAUCGUGAACCUGCUGACGAGCGUCCCGGUAAGCUGUUACCUCGAGCUGGUAACGCCACUGCAAACCAAAGAGGAACAGGACCUGAUGCAGGACGAUGCCGACGAGUCCUCCGUCACCCCACCGACCGUGCCGUUCGAAGGAAAGAACGUUUACGUGCUGCAGGUGUUGGUGGAAUUUCUGCGUCGCAACUUUCAACGUGCGGAGAAAAAGUCGGAUCAGUACGAGAUGCUAUCGCCAGUGCUGACCGUACUGAUCAAGGCAAUCCGUGCCGAUCCGGUGCAUCGGCGUUACGUCCGUUCGGUAAUACUGCCACCGUUGCGCGAAGUACACGAUCGGCCCGAAAUAGGCAAGGAGCUUCGAAACUAUCUCUGCGCGCUGCUAACCAGUCCUUGCACGCAGAUUGCCGACUUAUCGGCCGAACUACUGUUUGUGCUGUGCAAGGAAAACGUUGGCCGAAUGAUCAAGUACACCGGGUACGGCAAUGCGGCCGGUUUGUUUGCCAACCGUGGGCUGCUCGGUGGCCGAUCGGUGAAGGUAUCCGAACAGUAUUCGUCCGACAGCGAGGACAGCGACACGGAAGAGUAUAAGCAGCUGCAGCACGGCAUAAACCCUGUGAUCGGUUGCUACGAGCCCGCGAAACCGAACCCUCUCGAGGGAAUGUCCGAGGAGCAGAAAGAGUACGAGGCGAUGGAGCUGGUGAAGCUGAUGGACAAAUUGCAGCGCCAGGGGCUUAUUCAACCGUGCAAAAUCGGGGAUGAUGGGCGACCGCACGCCGUGGACCACAUAAUGGAACUGCAAGAGGAAAUUCCCGAGCAGCAGCGCGACUACAAGCGAAAGACAUAGAACGGGGGCGCUGGUUAGCGAACAUUUCUGUGCAUUCGUUAACAUGUUUUUUUGGAACGAUGUCGCUUCUUUGGUCGCUCAUCGUGACCGAUCCUUGUUGCGGUUUCACUUGUAGUAUUAGAAGAAUGAAUCCCAUAGCACUCGGAUUCAGUGUGCUCGUCAUCUGCUCACCCCAAAAGCAAUCCGCGGUGUCGUCACACGUUACCGUUGCCACGUUCGGACAUCAAUCCAUGGCCAAAACCUGGUUCGAUACUAAAUUUUAACGUCAAUAUGGAGGAACGACAUGGAAACAAGGAGGUUGCGUGCCGCAACACUGUCUCUAGCGAUGGUACAAAAAUCGGGUUCCAGAUCCUAAUCGUCGCUA